AUGACAGAGGCCAGAAAGCUGCCCCCGCCGUUGCCCCCACGGCUGGCCUGGUUUGUGCAGACACAGGUGGGCCAGCUGGCCCAAGGAGGAGUCCCUUCGUGGUUCCACGGCGCCAUCUCCAGAGAGGACGCCGAGAAUCUGCUUGAGUCGCAGCCCCUGGGAUCCUUUCUCAUCAGAGUCAGUCACAGUCACGUGGGCUACACACUCUCCUACAAAGCCCAGAGCUGCUGCCGCCACUUUAUGGUGAAGCUGCUGGACGAUGGGAGCGUGGUAAUCCCCGGGGAGGAGAAGGCCCACGCCUCGCUGGACGCCCUGGUCACCUUUCACCAGCGGCAGCCGCUGAGGCCGCACGGGGAGCUGCUGAGGCAGCCCUGUCCGCAGAAGGAUCCAGAGAACGUGGAUUACGAGGAUCUCUUCCUUCACUACGAGGCACUGGCUGAGGAAGCUACCAGCCCCGCCCCUGGUCCCGGGGAACAUCAGAAACCUUCUUCCCAGCCAGCGGCUGCCCCCAAGGAGGCCUCCGCAAAGCCAGCCGUGCUGCCCUGGCAGAAGGAAAGGACGCCGUCCGCAGCCAUGGGCAGAGCGCCCGCCCAGGCAGCUGCUUCCUCCGGCCCCCCCAAGGCCCCUCUGGAGGAGGCCUGCCAGAAGCUCUGGAGGAACCUCAAGACCCUCCCUCAGACGGGCAAGAAGGUCCAGCAGCAGCUGAAGUCCCACCUGGCCACCGCGGCCUCGCCAUCACUCCAGGACCCCGGGCGAUCGCAGGCGACUCGCGGCUCAGCGGCCGGAGCGGCCUGGGACGCUAACGUCUACACGGACCCCUUUGUGGCCGCGUCCCCCGCGAACCCCUCACGGCCUCAGGCUCGGAGGGACAGAGGGAACGCCUCCAGGAAGGCCUCGAGGUCCGUCAGCUGGAGCGAGGUGAUCCCGAAGAGCAGGGGCUGGCACCAAGCAAUAGUGAGGGCCCUGUCCUCCCAGGCGUCCAGAUCGGAGCCGAGGGGCUUGGCCGAACCCCCGGAGGACUGGGUCCCCGAGGAGUACCUCCCACCGCCACCCUUUGCCCCUGGGUACUGCUAG